AUGAUCUUGCAUCUCCCUUUGCAAACCACUUCCAAAUCACCAGUUGCUCAGUGUCUUGUGAAUUCCAUCGUUUGUGGUUUCUCCAGAGACAAUGUCAGACAUGGACUGCGAACUUCAACCUCAGCCUCAUCUUUGAGCCGCCAACUGACCACUACAUCCAUUCUCCACCAACCAUGUCUCGCCUUGCCGAUCGAAGAGUAUCAAGUGGGCUGGGUGUGCGCCCUCCCAAAGGAGCUGACCGCGGCCCGGGCGAUGUUGGAUGAGGAACACGAAUCGAUUCCGCGACAAGAACAAAAUGACGACAACAGCUAUGUGCUGGGACGGAUCCAUGGCCACAACACGGUAAUUGCUUGUCUACCUGCCGGUGUGUACGGCACAGUGUCAGCAGCAGGUGUAGCGCUGAACAUGUUGCGGACCUUCAAGGGGAUUCGUUUUGGCUUUCUGGUCGGAAUUGGUGGAGGAAUUCCCCAUAGCACUCAACGGGGCGAUAUUCGGCUCGGUGAUGUGGUGGUAAGUCAACCUGACGGGAUCCAUGGUGGCGUUGUGCAGUAUGACCUCCGAAAAAAUCUCGGCCACGGAGUCUUCGAGAGGAAAGGUUUCCUGCAAUCGCCCCCGAAAACUCUCCUAACGGCCCUCAGUAACCUUCAGUCACGACACCUGAUAGAGGGAAAUCAGAUCUCGAAGACUAUAUCUGCUAUUCUCAAACAACACCCUCAACUGGCAAAGGUUGGUUAUAUCCAUCCCGGCCAAGAACGAGAUCUUCUAUCCUGUUCAAACAUUAACCACGAAAGAGAGCCCUCAUGCGCUCAAUGCUAUAACGGGAUCGUUAUUCGAAAGGCCCGUGAGAAUUCCGGUCCGGUGGUUCAUUAUGGAAUCAUUGCUUCGGGAAACGAGUUAGUAAAGAACUCUAUCGACCGAGAUCGUCUAGGUCGAGAACUUGGUGCGAAAUGUGUCGAAAUGGAGGCAGCUGGAUUGAUGAACGAUUUUCCUUGCAUUGUCGUACGAGGGAUAGCCGAUUAUGCAGAUGCGGAAAAGAAUGAUAUGUGGCAAGAAUAUGCGGCACUUGUCGCAGCAGCAUUUACCAAAGAACUACUCUCCGUCGUCCGACCAGUAGAGGUAAAGGCUAUUCAACAAGCCUCUGAGGCCAUAAAAUACCACUACGGUCUCAACCUCUUUGAUGCACCUGACCUAAAGGAGGACCUCUUCAUUGGCCGACAGAACGAGAUACAGGAAAUCGUGUCUACUUUGCAACCCUUUUCAGCUACGCUCGGCUCUAAAAGGAAUGUCCUCGUCCUUGGCGGUACGGGAGGUAUUGGAAAGACCCAACUAGCUAUCGCCUAUGCUAAGCGUUAUGAGUCUUACUAUACAUCCAUAUUCUGGCUCAAUGCUACUUCGGAGGUCACCCUCAAGGCCAGUAUACGCGACUUAGCUAAUUGCAUAUUACCAUCAGAAGCGCUCAGCCAACUAGACGAUGAGCAUAUUCUCAUCCGGGUGUCUGCCUGGCUCUCUAACCAUGACAACCAGCGGUGGCUGCUGAUAUUCGACAACUAUGACGAACAAGACAUGUAUCAAAUUCGCUCAUAUUAUCCUUUUCGUGCGCAUGGGUCUAUGAUUGUCACAACUCGACAGCCAGAUCGAGUCAACGGGGCGAGGAUACGUUUACGACAUCUCGAUUCAAUUGACGACAGUCUUCGGGUUUUAGCUACUCGAUCGGGCCGCGAAGAUAUCCAAUCUGAUCCGGAAGCUCGGAGACUUGCUGCGCGCUUAGACGGCCAUCCACUGGCCCUAGCUACGGCUGGAGCGUAUCUAUGCCAGUCUACCGUCACCUGUGGCGAAUUUCUCCAACAAUACGAAGCAAAGUGGAAAGUUAUAGAGUCAAUGGAGGAGUUAGCUGACUAUCCUUUGCGCACACUCUUCACUACAUGGGACAUGUCUUUCAAGAUCGUUCAGCAGCAGAAUCUAAAUGCCGCUAAUUUACUUCGACUGUUAGCAUAUCUAGAUAACCAUGAUGUACGAUACGAACUCUUCCAUGGCAUGUGUGGGGAAGGUCGACCAGUGUGGUUCAACGAUAUAAUGAGGGAAAAGUUUGCUUUUGAGGAGGCGAUUCGAGUCCUGAUCCGCUACUGUUUGGUCGACACAAAUCAGCAGGCAAGUUCAUACAGGCUGCAUCCCUGUGUGCAUGAUUGGACUCUUGAUGGCCUGAACAGGCCGAUCGACCCAGAACUCUAUUGGCUAGCAUUUGAUUGUGUUACUAGCCACUUGCCGCUGCUGGAGGAACUUGCGAUCAUGGAGAAGCAGUCGGAUUUGCAGCUCGUGGCGCCUUUCAAAGGCCAUCUCAGGCGACUAGCUCACAGUCGUUUCGAUGGGGUCCGGAGCGAAACGAUUGCAUUUAGGGAGCGAAUUGAUCCCAUGGAACGCGCAGCGAUGAUUAUUUGCCGAGAAGACAUUGACGCCGCAAGGAACAUCUAUCAAUUGCUUGCCGCCGAAGCCGAGACAUUAUUUGGCGCGACCCAUCCAUCCACCAUUCGCAUUAUGCUUGUGUUUGUUCGAUUGACGGCGACUGAAGCACCCAGCGAAGGUAGCGUCCACAAGGCGCAGAGAAUACUGAGAUCUAUACUGGACAAGCUGGAGAUGAAGGCAGGACCUGAAGACCCAUGGACCAUCGCAGUCAUGGAUCUUCUGGCCUCGCUAUAUAGCACGACCAAACAGCUGGAUCAGGCCGAGAUGAUGACGAAAGAAGUGCUCGAGGGAUAUGAGAAGUUGCCCACCGAUUUCCCUUUCCGAAUCGCUGAUCUCUGGCGUCGUCUGGCCGGCAUAAAGUAUUUCCAAGGGAAGCUGGACGAGGCAAAAGCGAUGUAUCUCCGCGUGUUAGAACUCGCGGGGAUCCGAGGGCUUGAAGAUCACACGGUCUUUGGGACCACUCUAACACUUGGUGUUGUGUAUCGCAACGAGGGGGAUCUAAAACACGCAGAAGAUAUGUUCAGACGGGCUCUGGGCAUAUCCGACCGUGUACCCGGACCAGAAGGCCUUUUCACCAUGUUCGCGCGCAUGAAUUUGGCCAAUAUCCUGAGUGAGCAAGGUAAGCCUGGGCAAGCGCAGGAACUCUACGAACAAGUUCGCAUGCAGUCCCAAGCAGGAUAUCAACAACAUGUGCGGCAAGUCGAACACGUAGUAUCAAUCAACGAAGGGGUCUUGUACGCUCAACUGGGACAUGUGCAUGUCGCUCGGCUGAAGUUUGAAGGAGCUCACGCCGGCUUACAAGCAGGAAUCCAACCGUCGUCACUGUUUGUGAAUUUGGCGCUCUACAACCUUGGGCAGCUAGAGCAAUCAGCCGCGCGAAAUGGCGCUAUCGACACGACACUUUCUCGUCGAGGGGUAGCAGACGAGACUGGUCACAGCCAGUUUAGGAGCUUUUACUAUUCGACGCUCGGGACCAAUCCCGAUACCCUCAAGACAUAG